UCAAUUGAUUCCUUUUCAUCUUUGUCACGUCUAUCUACCUUGCAUUACACUACUUUUUCGUAUUCUAAUGAAACACAACACUAUUAGUCCUGUCCUAGACAAUGUUAUUUCCUUCUUUUGUUUCUUUCUUUCUUGAAAAAACAUUUUAGUACCUAUCAUGUUUCCAAGUUGGCAACUUGGAUUGUGAAGAACAUAAUUCAAAAAAAUCAUAUUUGAUGCUAUUAUAGAGUGAAGAUUGAACCUUAGAGGAAUUCUUGUACUUCAAGAUGAAUGAUUAUGCUUAUGCAUACAAAGUUGAAACCAUGAAUCGUCUAGUUCAAUGGAAAAUUCACAAUUUAUCAACAUGCACUUAUAUCAAAGCUGAUCCAUUCAAAAUAGCCAUGUGGAACUGGCAUUUAUCAGUGGAAAAGAAUUGUGGUUUACGUAUUGAAUUAUAUCCAGAAAUGUCUAAAACAAUCGCGCACAAUCCUCCAAUUGCAUCUUUCAUAGUUAGGAUUCUUAGUUAUGCUGGAAAUAGCAAAAUCUUGACUCAAUCAGAAAUAAAAGAUAAACCUCUUAGCAAUAAGGAUAGCUUUGUGUGGGAGAUAGGGGUUCCAUUACCUGGAAAAUUCAUAAUUGACAUUGAGUUUCUGGAUUUGAAAACUACAUGUCCAAAGGGUGGGGAAGCUGGCUCUAUUUGGCCUAGCGGAUUUAUGCAGCAGAGACAAAAUGCAGCGGCCCUUGAAUCCCUAGGUCGAAUGAUAAGAGAAGAUAUCUAUACAGACAUAACAAUCAACGUCAAUUCCGAGGGAAACAUAAGAGCUCAUCGAGCUGUUCUGUCUUCACAAUCAUCUGUGUUUCGCAGCAUGUUUUCACAUAAUGUUAAGGAGACUGAUUUGUCUACGAUAAACAUCACCGACAUGUCAAUUCAAUCUUUUCAGACGUUUAUAAAUUUUCUUUAUGGAAAUGUUAAUGAUGAAGAGUUUCUUAUGCAUAGAUUGGACCUAUUACAUGCAGCUGACAAGUAUGACAUCUAUGAGUUAAGAGAGGCAUGUCAAAAGAGUCUUCAAGAAGAUAUUGAUCCAAAAAAUGUACUUGAGAGACUCCAAAUUGCAUCUUUGUAUCAAUUAACAACAUUGAAGUUUAGUUGUAUGCAAUAUCUUGUGAAAUUUGGCAAAAUAUAUGAUAUUCAGGGUGAUUUAAGUUCAUUCUUGCAAACUGCUGAUAGAGAUUUGAUAUGCGAAGUCUUCAAUGAAAUUCUUGAUGCUUGGAAAAAGUGAUAUAGAUCUUCCAAAUUUUUAAAGAUAGGAAGACUAGAUGCUACUAUACAUAGAUAGGUUGUUUGGUUAUUGGUUGUCCAUGAUUGUUUUAUUUUUUUCUUGAUUUCAAUGUGUAUAUAUAUAUAUAUAGGUAAUGUUCUUUAUUGGGAGCUAUUCCUUUGUGUUUAGCACUCUAAUGUGAAUAAUUUUCUAUGCAUUUGAAUGAUUUGUUUUC